AUGCAUGUCAAGUCCCAUCGCCGAUGGGAAGAAAUCACCGAGUUCGUUCCUAGAGGCAAUUCCGGUUCUACAUUCCAACACUCAAGCUUCAUGACCAACGAUUCGGGAAGCUCCAGUAACACUCUCCUCGUCCGUCCAGAGAAGAAGAAAUCGCAGUUCCAAUUCGAUCCGACAAAGUACUUUGAGCUCCCGCGCCCGAAACACAAGUCUCCAGUUAUCGUCUACAGCACUCCGCCGGAUGCCCCACCUCCAAGAACAAGAGUCCGUCCUGUCGUUCAGAGCAACCAUGUUCCUAAAAUAAACCUACCACCGACGAUCCGUUCUGAAGUUCAGGAGGUCGUCCCGGCUGUCUCCUCGAGUAUUUUACCUGAUCCGCACAGCACCAACACCACCGAUGGUGAUUCGAAAUCAAUCGAAAAAAGCGUCUCUCUCUCCCCCGUUAUUGAAAGCGAAAAUCUCGAAGUUUCCGAGGAAGACAGAGCCUCUCCAGCCCUAGCUGAAGAGUCUAUCCUCUCAAUCAGUGACGAAAAUGUAGACCACAACCCACCGCACGAAUAUAUACAUGAGCUUGCGCAGAGCUCUCAGUUGCCGGUUGCCUUGGAACGUGAUGUUAUGCAACGCCCGUCAGCUGUCGUUGUCGAAAUCACUUCUGAAUCAUCGUCGUCCACGCAUGUCAACCAUUCCGCAGUGGAAGAUGGAGAGGAGGACCGUUCAGCAGCACACAAACAGGACGAACAGAAGAAUGAAAGUAUCUAUAUUUCCGUCGACGAUACAAUUCCCACACCGGCUGCUUCUCAAGACAUCAGCCCGACGUCAACAUUUAACUGGGCCGACGACGCAAUCGACGAAGAAGAGGCCCAAUCAUCCACCGAAACAUUCACGUGGAGGGAAGAGAUGAUGCAAUAUACCAGGUCUACCACACCGAGAGGUGACCCACCAACUAAAACGGGACCUCGAAUUGCCGAGAUCAUCACACCAGCCCAUGGUUACUUCACCGGAGGCCGAAGUGCAUUGGUCCUGACUACUAUAGGAAUCGGAGCUGAUAUCUUUACGAGCUGGGACACUACUAUUACGAGAACGGCGACGAAGAGGAAGCUUCCAGUGAUUGUUGAGGAGCCAGUUUCUGGACGGAAGGAUUCAUUCCCAGGCCAUGAGAUACGGUUUGAGCAUCGGUCAACCGCUGCGGAGGUCAAGGAGAUUAUUUCUAACAGUGAGAAGGAUAAGGUGCAGGAAAUUGCCUUGGAUGGAGGUGUCAACUCCGCUGAACCAAUCACCACUGAGCCAGUGGUCGGAGCCGAUCAAUUACCAGAAACUGUCGUUUCCGAUAUCCCGGGAGUAACCGAGAACGAUGCUGUUCUGGACCACGUGGUUAUGGGAGAAAAAAGAUCCGGAAACUACGAUGUCUCAAAGACUACCAUACUGUACCACGAGGCACCAUCAGAACUCCCGUUGUUCUUUCUUUUCUUAUUGGUCUCACUUGCACUUUUUCAGGUUAUGCCAUAA